GCCAUUUUCAAGUUGAAAUAUGUUUCGCCAAAGUCCAUUGUGAUUGGUUGAAAUUGAUUGCAACUUCGCACGCCAUACAAAUCUCGUCACAACUGGAAGUGACGAGUUCAUUGCGAGGUCGAGUCCACGAUUCGUGCGAGGAAGCGUGGGGCGUCCUUUAUGGCAUCGUGAGUGCUGUAGAGGAGUGAAAGGUACUUGGAUGUUGCUCGGCACGUGGCAAUGGCGAAGGCGGUGUGGUCUCGGUCGCCGGUUGGUUUUGGCGAGCCAACUGCGUGGGGUAAUGGCGCUUUAACGUCCCUCGGAAUCUUGAUGGGAAGAUUCAAGGCACUACCUUCUCAUUGUAAGGGGGGACGGACAGAGAUAACACUUGCUUCUGAGUUUGCGACGGGUGGGGCGGCUUUAGCUACCCUGCGUGGCUGCUUGGUGCAAGAGAGCCUUGCAAGGUCGUGAAGGUGGAGGAUUGACCUUCGUGCUCAAAGGGGGUUCACACAGAUAGCAGUCUCUCGGCUUUCGUGCUUGCCACAAAGGAAGAGAGAGGGUCUUGUUGACAGAAGACCUAGUUGCUAUCAUUGCAUUUAUCCAUUUACGUGUCAUUAUCCCCGCGACUCUGCUCUUCGGAGCGCUGUGCCAUUUGUCCCUCGUCGCCUUGUUGCCUAACAAUUAUCCAGUGCCCACCUCACUAGCUUUGUGCUUUCUCACGUGGCAUGAGCUACCUAAAAUCUUUAGUAAUCCGAUCCAGUGCAUUCAUGUUCGUCUACAGAAGUACAUUACGUAGCCGUGGCUACACUUCUUGUUUUUCAUCCAAUCGAAUCAUAUUAACAAUAUCACUCGUCAACAAUGCGGUUCCGCGGGACGUUGGCCAAGGACGCGCUGGCUGUGCUGCUGGACGUGGCACAAUCCUUCGCUCGCCUGGGCUCACAGAGCAGCGCUAAGACUAACUGCGUGUUCACGUUAACCCCCGAAACGCUGUCGAUCGCUCUCAAGAGUGGCGGCGCCGAAGAGCUCCAGAGCUUUGCCCGACUACAGACCGCGCGCCUCUUUCACGACGUCGUGGUCCAGUCCCGAGCCGAGAACCACAUCGGAUUCUUAUGCGAUGUACGCCACUUCCAGCAGGCUCUGACCUCAGGCAAAGAUGCCAGCGCCGUCAUGUUGCGGCUGCUCAAGCGAGACGGCAACAACUAUCUGUGUCUCAGGACUCGCGCUGUAGAUAUCGACAUUGUGCAGAGCAUCCCUAUCGAGGUACUGGCCAUGAGCACUGUGGAGCACUACAGAGAGCCCAGUGUACCGGCCCCACAGAUCGCUAUCGAGAUGCCGCCACUGCGCGCGUUGCGUAGCAUCGUGGACAGACUCAAGGUCAUGCACAAGACAAUGACGGUGGAGGCUAGCAAGACAGGGACGCUCAUUCUUCGCAUCGAUACACACCCACUCACACUACAAACGCUGUUCGCACACUUGCGGUAUCGAGACGAUUUGAUCGAUGAAGAUGAGGAGGACGAGGAGGAAGAAGAAAGACGCAGACAACAACGCUCCUCCAGUGUUACAGUUGAUAGCAAAAUGCUGAGCAAGGCGAUUUUAGUGGAUGGACAGUCAACGGACUCGGUCUUGUGCUGUAUCACUGAAAAUAGGGCCAUGGUGCUGCACUCGAUUCUCGUGGACUCGUUCGGAUCGUUCACUUGCUACAUUCCCGUACUCACACCCGAUCUUUGAUUAAAAUUUACGAAUUAUUUACGCGUUAAAGACAGAGAUUUCGAGUCGCUGGUACUUGCAUUUCUGACUGAACAAGCUAACGUUGGGCAUCAUGUGAUUGUCACGUGGGUUAUUGGCACUUUGGUGAUGACUAUUCUGUGGUAAAUCUCGACAAGCUGAUGGAACUAAGGUUACUAUUACUCAAAAGAUACCUACGUAGUUGGCUACGCCAACAUUUCAGCGAUUGGAACGGAUUCUACGACCAGCAGCGAAGAUAAUAGCCAGCCAUGACGCACACACCACACCGAUGCAUGUAUACGCUGCUGUUGUUCCGAUACCAAGCUGUGCGGAUGCCACAGUCGUUUCAGUUGAGGACGAAGAAGCUGAUGAUGGAGCUAGCGCUUCACUUGCUCCUGCAUCAGUCUGAUCCUCGUGAUCUUGGCUGCUGACAUGGCUAUUGGACGCAGAAUCGGACAAGGAACUGCUAGACGACACUGAGCUCUCGCUUGAGGUAGUAGUCCCACCUGAGGCAGCCGAAGAUUCUGCUUGCUGAACCAAGAACGAUAAAUGGGGCUCCACGAACGAUCCUAGUACCCCUCGAUUGGCUACACUGUCAGUGUACGAUGAAUGCUCCACAUUAUCCUCCACUGUAUCGUCACCGAUCGCGUUCGUGUGAAUUCCAAUGAUAUAUGUAUCCAUAUUUGUGGAUCGGAUCAGCAUAGGCGACCCCGCUGAACGCUCCCCAGACACAUCACAUUCAUGGUGUAGCAUGUAAUCUGGACCGCCAAACUCACUGGGGAAGUGGAUCUUGCAUAGUUGGAAACAUUCACUCGAUUCCUCAUUACACUUGUAGCCAACUAGUUGGACGUUCAUGGGAUCGUCUUCAGCAAAAGUGUUCGCUGUCGGCAGCUUGAGAGCGUUUGAGGCUCCUAGCUCAGUAUCUAACUCAAGCAGCACGUAUGUAUUGUUCGUCCACUUGAUCCAGAAAUCUGACUGCUUGUGUACUCGACUGACUGCUGCAGUUUUCGUCUCUGUGGAUUGAGGUAAAGUAAAGGAGGAGCUCUGCAAGCUUUCGAUCACUUCACCGUCCGAGUCCAGGACACAUUCUGCUGCUGUCAGCACAAUGUUCGAAGCGACUAGCGUAGCUGUACAUGUGACAUCAUUCCACUGUAGCAAUCCUACAGCGCUGUAUGGAUAGGUAGUUGGGUCGGUUACUUGUUGUCGAUCAUCAGUGCCGAAGAUACUAAGCUUGCGUGCUGUUUGUUGGGGAUCAUUAUCGGUAUCACUUUGAAGCGGCAAUUGACGGAGAUGCUUUUGAAUUGUCGAUACGCCUACGUCGUUGUCGCCGUGAACCACGAUACACGAAAGAAUGCACGCCAUUAACCAGAUCGAUACCAUACGCCGAGUCUGCCAUCGUCGUUCGAGCCCAAGACGGAGAAAAGAGCUCAUACUACGACGUGCUGUCGUCGUGGAGGAAACGUGAAUGGAUCAAUCAGCCUCUCGCUAACUCACGAGUCGUUCUUGCCACUUCGCAAAGCAACAAUAGCAUAGCGCGUCGUUUCCGCAAAUAGCAAGAGCGUCUGCUAGUGGCAAGCGUCGGCAAAGUUCGUUGUCAAGUUUUUCUUCCGUAGUUUUCGGUUCUUGAGCGUUCCAACAGCAGUUACAACAACAACACUGGACGAGUGUACAGCCUCAAACUUAACUUCUUUGUCGCAAUAUGCUCUUCAGCCACCUAAAUCACCGACUUCAUCAUCGCAAAGUGAUCCAUAACGAGAAGCCAAACGGCGAAGGUUGCGUGGAUUUAAGUCGCUUUGAGUCCUGUGCAAUAAUUGAGAUAAAAGCGGCAAGAGAUCGAUAAAAGACCAGACAAGUCGCGCAACGUAUUGGGUGCGUCAUGUUAACGUGCUUACCACUCCGCGCACAGUUAGUUGUUUGUAUUGCGAUCAAGAGCAAGUCUUACGUUGCAGACUGCCCCUGGAAUGCGUUCUCUUUGACCUGCUACGUAGAGUUCAUGACGUAAAUUGUUUUCCAUUAAGCGCAUUGGUGGCCAGUUGCAGCCUCCUCUUGAAGUGGUGAAAACGGGGAAUUAGACUGCCAACAACAAGAACCAGCGACAACGCACUUAAAAACCUGUAUCUGUACGCAAUCUCGCUCCUACUUGUGUGCAAACAUGUCUCGGAAAACCGCCUCGUACACCUUGAUACCGUGUAGGAACGUAUCCUUGUGCAG